AUGUCUGUCCGAUACAGCUCACACAAGCAGUACUCCUCCUCCCGCAGCGGAGGCGGCGGAGGGGGAUCAUCCCUCAGGAUUUCAAGCAGCAAAGGCUCCCUUGGUGGAGGAUUUGGCUCAGGGGGGUUCAGUGGGGGCUCUUUCAGCCGUGGGAGCUCUAGCGGUGGUUGCUUUGGAGGCUCAUCUGGUGGCUAUGGAGGAGGUUUUGGUGGAAGUAGCUUUGGUGGAGGCUAUGGAAGCAGCAGCUUUGGUGGGGGCUAUGGCGGAAGCAGCUUCGGAGGCGGCAGCUUCGGAGGCGGCAGCUAUGGUGGGGGCGGCUUUGGUGGAGGUGGCUUUGGAGGUGGCUUUGGUGGUGGCUUUGGAGGAGAUGGUGGCCUUCUCUCCGGAAAUGAGAAAGUGACCAUGCAAAAUCUGAAUGACCGCCUGGCUUCCUACUUGGACAAGGUUCGGGCUCUGGAAGAAUCAAAUUAUGAGCUGGAGGGUAAAAUCAAGGAGUGGUAUGAAAAGCAUGGCAACUCAAGCCAGCGAGAGCCCCGUGACUACAGCAAGUACUACCAAACCAUUGAAGAACUGAAAAAUCAGAUCCUCACCCUGACAACUGACAACGCCAAUGUCCUGCUUCAGAUUGAUAACGCCAGGCUGGCCGCUGAUGACUUCAGGAUGAAGUAUGAGAACGAGGUUGCCCUGCGCCAGAGCGUGGAGGCCGACAUCAACGGGCUGCGCAGGGUGCUGGACGAGCUGACCCUGACCAAGGCCGACCUGGAGAUGCAGAUCGAGAGCCUGACUGAAGAGCUGGCCUACCUGAAGAAGAACCACGAGGAGGAAAUGAAAGACCUUCAGAAUGUGUCCACUGGUGAUGUAAAUGUGGAAAUGAAUGCUGCCCCAGGUGUGGAUCUGACCGAACUUCUGAAUAACAUGCGAAGCCAAUACGAACAACUUGCUGAACAGAACCGCAAAGACGCAGAAGCCUGGUUCAACGAGAAGAGCAAGGAACUGACCACAGAAAUUGAUAACAACAUCGAACAAAUGUCCAGCCACAAAUCUGAAAUUACUGAAUUGAGACGCACUGUCCAAGGUCUGGAAAUCGAACUACAGUCCCAACUGGCCCUGAAACAGUCGCUGGAAGCCUCCCUGGCAGAAACAGAAGGGCGCUACUGCGUGCAGCUCUCACAGAUCCAGGGCCAGAUCUCCUCUCUGGAGGAACAGCUGCAGCAGAUCCGGGCCGAAACCGAGUGCCAGAACGCCGAGUACCAGCAACUCCUCGACAUUAAGAUCCGACUGGAGAAUGAAAUCCAGACCUACCGCAGCCUGCUAGAGGGAGAGGGAAGCUCCGGAGGCGGAUCCUACGGCGGCGGGCGCGGCGGCGGAAGUUCCGGCGGCGGCUACGGCGGAAGUUCCGGCGGCGGCCACGGCGGCAGCUACGGCGGCGGAAGUUCCGGCGGCGGCCACGGCGGCAGCUACGGCGGCGGAAGUUCCGGAGGCGGCGGCUACGGCGGCGGAAGUUCCAGCGGCGGCGGCUACGGCGGCGGAAGUUCCAGCGGCGGUGGCCACGGCGGAAGUUCCGGCGGCGGCGGCUACGGAGGCGGCAGCUCCGGCGGAGGCCAGAGCGGAGGUGGAGGCUUCAAGUCCUCUUCCGGGUCCGCUGGAGAGUCCUCGUCUAAGGGACCAAGGUCAGCAGAAACUAGCUGGGAUACUAGCAAAACCAGAGUAAUCAAGACAAUUAUUGAAGAAGUGACACCUGAUGGGAGAGUCCUUUCAUCCAUGGUUGAAUCAGAAACCAAGAAACACUACUACUAAGCUGCAUGGAGAUGAAGGAGUCUCCCUGCGCACAGGCCGUUAUAUGUGGGUGCAUGGGAACCAGAGGCUCCGAGCCCGCGCUGCAGUCCUAACGGCCUGUGGAAGCAGGUUCACUCCUGGAAAAUAAGAUGUCUGCGAGGUGUUUUGUGAUUUCUGUAUUUCUUCUUUUCCCUUUACCAGAAAGUAUUCUUUAAUGGAAAAAAGAAAAGCUUUCUGUUCUCAUUGACUAAUGAAUUUCAAUAAACUUUCUUACUGAUGCAAACUA